AUGCCGACAAAUGUGGCUCAGGCUGCCCAGUCACCGCUCCUCUCCCACCUGGCUUUGAACCAGAAGGAGAAGCCAGAAUCUUUGCUCAGAACCCUAAAGGCCACGCAGGAGCCCAAAGUGAUCUCCUGGGUCGCAACAGGCCUGGAGCUGAGGGCUGACCAGGUUCCCGCACGCUCGGCGGUGGCGCUCUUCAACCGCUUUGCGGAUCUAGGCGGUCCCUGGACAGAGGACAAAGAGGAGGCAGCUGCCGGCAUCCUGGGAGCUCUCUCAGAGCUGCUGCGCUUGCAUGAAGAGGAGAAGCUGACCUUGCAGGAGCUGUUGCGCAAUGAGGUGGAGACCGGCAAGCUGCGCUGGUCUCACACCCCAGAAUGGGAUAGGCUGCGACAGUUCUUGGAGCUCUUGGCACGGCCCGUUCAUUUGCCAGCUCCGCUGGGCGCAGCAGCCAAGGGCUGCGAGGUGUUGGAGCAGCUGUGUCGCGGUCAGGAGGAGUUGACGAGCCUGGUACAUCGGCAGCAUGUUCUGCCAGCAGUAAGCUCUCUGCUGCUUGCUGCCACCAAGGCUGGGCCUAGCUCUUCCUGGCUGCACUUUGCCACGUUCCUUGUCAGUCUGAUGGAGGCUUUGAUGGCCGAGAAGGACACCGAUCGCUUCAAGUUGGCCGAUCCGGAACUCUUCAUCCCGGUUUGGGCCAGCCGGAAGGUGGAGCCUCUAACCGACUCGCUACUGAGUACUUUACGGUCCUCAGCGCAGGGACAGAACCCUUUGCUGCAGUGCUUGUCCCUGCAAGCAUUGACCCACCUGCUCCGGCAUCACUCGCCACAGGCCUUGGUGGUGGAGCGCUCCGAUGCCCCCAAGAUGAGCCUCGACCUCAUCUCACGCUGCGCUUGCGAUGAGGAGAAGCUGCUGGUUGCCUUUGAGUUUCUCUUGUUGGUGGGCCUCCCUGAGGGACAUGAGGCAGCUGCACUUGUUCGGACGGCUGCUGCGCGUCUCCCAAGGUCGCAGCGUUUGCAGGAGCUGGCGCAUGUCCUGGUUCCAAAGUGA